CCAAUUUCAAAUAUAUUUAGGAAAAAACCCAAAUGAACCAUGCGUAACUCCCACAAGUGUUGUUAUGAAUCUAUGCAACAAUAUUCUACAUAGGGGCCACACGAUUUACACGGAUAACUGGUACAGUAGUAUCAAUUUGGCCGAAAAAUUACUCGAUUGCAAUACUCAUUUAGUUGGAACCCUAAGGAAAGAUAGAAAGGGAAUACCUAUUGAUGUCAAAUUUAAAAAAUUAAAACGCGGUGAACUUGUCGCAAUGCAAAAUAAGAAGGGGAUUAUGGUACUCAAGUGGAAGAAUAAGCGUGACAUUUUUAUGAUCUCGACAAAACAUUCAGCUGAGAUGGUACAGGUCCGCAAAGGAAAUUAUGUCUCUGAAAAACCAGUAGUAGUUGUAGAUUAUAACAAAGGAAAAGGUAUUGUAGAUUUAUCAGAUCAAAUGAGUGCAUAUUCCACACCCCACAGAAGAACCCUCAAAUGGUAUUUAAAAUUAGCUUUGGACUUAUUAUUGAAUUCUGCA